AGCCCAAGACAUAGCCCAGUCAAAUAAUCAUCUUUAGUUGGACGCGCAAGCCUACGACAAAUUUAAAACCCUAGUCGCCGUUGCCAUCCAACCAUCUUCUGUUUACCGUCGUCGUCGUCCCGCCGUUCCUCUGCCGUCGUCGCACGAACACCCAGCAGAGAGCUUCGAAGCCACGCAGGCGGGAACGACCAGCCAUCCCAGCGUCGUCGUUGCAGUCGGAAGGUUGCACCACACCAGGCCGUCGCGUUGUAAGGUUCCAAGCUUUUUAGACAGCUGACAAGAGACAACAAGAUAUGGCAGAGAAGAGCAAAGAGCUGCUCCAGUUUGAGCAUAAAGGCACACCCCUUUCUUCCUUAGAAUCCACUCUUCUUGUUUGUGAUAAUAAAAAAGAAUCAGACACACAAACUAGGAGACUCCCCCCUCAUGGCACACCACUCACUGCCCCACAUCCCCCAAGCCAACUUUUAGGGAAGGUUAAAGACUUCCUAGGAGUGAUGUCAGAAGCAAAUAAGAGGCUUGAACUUGAUGCAAAGGACAAUCCUGAGAAUUAUGAUAUUGAAGAGCUAACUGGAAAUGAAUCGGAAGUUAUUGAAAUGGAUUUGAUGCUUGGUGUAGCUGAUCUUCAUACACCAGAGGCAGUGGCUGCUGCUGAAUCUGCAAUUUCCACUUGUCAGCCUGUGAUUCCAUUGGCUGCUGAUGGUAGUGAAACAGAUUCAGAGGAAAGUAGUACUGAUGAUGACUGUGGGGAUGAUGAUAUUGAAAGCAGUGAUGAUUAUCACGACGAUGGAAACAACAGUGAAAAGCCUUCAUCUCUUGUUCAAAAAUCUAUUUCCAGUAAGGAUAAUAUUCAGGAAAAACAAAAGGGAAAUGUUCAUUCCAAAAAACGUCCAAGAAUAGUUGAGCUAUCCUGAGCAUAACAAGAUUUUGAGGAUUAGAUCCUUAUGCUAUAACAAUUUACUGAGAUUAUUGCGGCCAGUCUAGUUGGAAUUUUCUGUAUGAUUUAUGCUGCGUUAAAUUAUAACCAAUGUAUCUACGACCUCUAUGUCAGGGGCAGCGGCUGGUGAAGUAACAAGACUUGCUACUUGGCUUUAUUGUAGCGUUCUCUUAUGUCCUCUAUUGGGAUUUUUAAAUUAUUGCGUA